AUGGAGGAAGUACAGCGACGGCGAGAGGGCAAGAAGUUCAAGGGACUGUUGGUGGAGAAGAUGGGGCUGCCGUGCAUUUUAAACGCUGGGGACUUCACUCCAAGCAUUGGGUGGAACGACGAGCUGACUGGUCUAGAUGCAAAGGCGGAGCUGGUCGUGAGGAAGUUCCGCAAGUUCCUCGGUCAAUUGGUGUACGAGCUGAGGAAGAUGAAGGAGAAGAGCAUUGGUAGCGGAGGUGAAGAGGGAGCCACUUCGUGGACGUUUUGCUGGAGAUUGAGCAGGAUGAGAGCGAUGGUUUUGCUCUCGCUGCGAGAGCAUCAAAGCACUCAUCUCGUUGUCAAAGAGAAUCUCCGCUUCUCACGGCAGUCGACCCAGGACAUCAGUAUCCGAGACUACGACAUCACAACAGGGACUACGGUGAUCCUGAAUGCGUGGACCAUUGGGAGAAACCCUGGCACGUGGGACGAGCCGGGCAAGUUCAAGCCAAAUAGAUUCUUGAAUAGCCCAGGGGGCUCAAGGAAACAGCAUUUCAAGUGGAUUCCGAUCGGUGCAGGGAGGAGGGCUUGUGCCGGGAUGUCAUUGGCGAUGGCGACCUACGAACGUGUCUUGGCAAAUCUGGUGAACACAUUCUAUUGGGCACCUCCCACGGGUCUAAAAUUGGAAGAUUUGGACAUGAUCGAAUGCGCUGGUCUUACCAUCCACAGGAAAGUUCGUCUCCUUGCUGUUGCCACUUCGUGCCCUAGUUAA